CAUGAUAUGAGUCAUCUUUCCUUACUCCCAUAUCAAAAAAAAACCUAGGCCACAUUCUCACAUGAAGAGCCUCACAGCAAACCCUCAGGAAGUAGAAGUAAAGCCAUUCACGUCGAACAGAUUCACUUACUACAUCAACCCCUAUCAAACGGAAUCAUGGCGGACCACACAGAUCUAUGGUUCUCCGGUUGGACCUCAGCAAUCAUGCCGUCCGCAACUCAGCGGCGAGGUCGAACAGGAGUGCGCUUGCAUAACGAAGAUGCAGUAGUUAAGGAAACUCGUUCUUUCACGCUCCAACUGUUGGACUAAUUCUUGAGGAGAUGGACUAAUUCUUGAGGAGAUGGACUAUUUCUUGAGGAGAUGGACUAUUUCUUGAGGAGAUGGACUAAUUCUUGAGGAGGUGGACUAAUUCUUGAGGAGGUGGACUAAUUCUUGAGGAGAUGGACUAAUUCUUGAGGAGGUGGCUUCUUUUCGAGGAGAUGGACUAAUUCUUGAGGAGAUGGACUAAUUCUUGAGGAGAUGAGAUGAGAGUGUGAACUGGUUGAAGGCAUUAGGAACUCCAUCCUCGUCCUCGAGAGUAGGAACACUUCUAAUGCAACGUGGUUAAACGAGGCGUUCUUUGGUGGUAAGGACCGCUCUUCAUCGUCGUCCAGCCAACAAAGGAGUACGCGGAGGAGUUCUACUUUGUCCUCUUUUUUGGCUUCUAUGAGGACUAGUUCUUCCACUCCGUCGUCUUUUGUGCCAUACAGUAUGAAAAACGCAACGAAUUUCUUGUUUGUGGCUCAUGUUCAACCGGAUUUAAGGAGUUCUGGUCGAUGCGGGCAAAGCGGGACACGUGAAGCUCUUCUUAUGAUAGAUGGGUAACAAGAAUUGCGAGACAGGUAAAAAUGGCAAUCCUCUAGACUUCGCACUCUCUUUAUAUGAGACUUCGCACUCUCUUCUCAUGAUAGCUCGUCGUGCAUCUGCAUCAAGGAAAUUUUAUUCUACCUAAGAACUUCCUAUUGGAUAGCCUAUGCUGGACAUGGAGGACACACAAGAAGUAGCUCCAUGGAAAAUUUCUUCUGCCUAGAACGAAAGUAAUGUGUUUCCAAAACAUGACAACAACUGUUUCUUGCCAUCCCUCGUCAACAGACGAUCUCUCUUCAUACCAUCCUGGGCAGACACGAAGAACUUACGAGCAGCUUUGGAUGUGAAGAACCUACGCAUAACAUACGCCUGCUUGCCUAUUCUCUUCGUCGAAAGCCGCACGCCACCUCCAUGGGAGCAAACGCGAGAGCUUUCCUUCUUCGACGACAAUUGCCGCUAUUAUCAUCGGUUUUAUAUCAAUUGCAACUACGCACUGGGUGCCCUGAGUAUCCUGGAGUUUUUUCUUGGCGAACUAGUGGUCGGGUUUCUCUCCUUCGUCUCGACUGCGAUGGGCCUGUAUGCGGUAACACCGGAAGGACUGCAAAUUAUGACAGUGAUCGCUGAAAGGCUGCACACCCGUCAAAUGGCUGGGUAAUCUAUCUAUCUAUCUAUCUAUCUAUCUAUCUAUCUAUUUAUCUAUCUAUCGAGUAAAUAAACUAUUGCUGCUCGGGAGGUUGAAAGAGCUAGGCAAGUUGUGGGUAGUCAUGUUGACAUUCGCCUAUUUCUGUGUAAGGAGCAAGAACGAUGCGAAGCUACAAUCGAGUCUAAGAUCUAGUCUGAACUCUAGUCAUAGAUCUAGUCUUAUAUAAUCUAGUCUUAAGGUCAAAGUCUAGUCUUCCCUCUAAUAAUCGUGGUGGGAGUACCUUGAGCUCUACAGUGGUCGUGUCCGGCGUUCAGGGUGUUUUUCAAAGCCUGACGUUCCUCAAUUUCAUGUUCUUGAGAAAUGCAGCAGUGGGGGCGAAAGCGUCGUCGGGCUCUCUUUUUAUGAAUAUCGAGUAUUUAGAUAGUAUGGAGCAGAUAAGAAUAGAUGGCACAGACUAGCACGUCGAGUCCAGUCCCGUAUUCUAUCUUCUAUCCGAUAAGCUUAGCUGUUCUUGUUGUACCGAUAUAUGACAGUACAAUCUGGAUUCUGUAAAUUUUCUGCUCUCGUCUUGCUGUGUUGGAUGAUCCGACUUCGAUGACGAGGCUAAAGAAAAUUUUCUUGACACCAACACAUCACACCACAUUGGAAUAUCCCACACUACUACGUAGUCCUCUCCUAUCCCACAUUCUGCUCCAGUCCAUUUUCAUUUUCUUUCUUUUGCCUCUACUGAAAGCGAGUUUUGCGCUUCAACCACUGGCGAGUUUUGCAGUCAUGUAUAGUGGUUAUCAGCUUUUGAAGUGUGUUCGGUCGCGACUCUUCUCCACGGCAGAACCGCUAUUGCAAGCUGCGGCCUCUGGCGGAGCGGAGCCACGAAGACCUAGCAGUUUUCGCGCUUUCAUGGGACAUGGGUAUCUCUUGACCUUUUAAAGAAGCAUUCACAUGAGAGUUCUACUAGAGUUUUAAAGAAGCAUUCACAUAAGAGUUGUUUCUACUAGAGAUCAGAGUCUUCAAGAAUUUUUUCUGUCGAAUCUGCGAAUGGCCUGAAGAAAAUGUUUAUGAAACAACUGCACGCUCAACAACAGGCAUCAGCUCGCAGCCUCUUCUGCGGAAGAGACGAUCGGCAAUGAGGAAGCUAUAGUUCGCAAUGGAUAUGAUGCUGCCCCCGAUUUCGAUGUCAAUCAACCCUCUACUGCAUCCGUCGACGACAGAACCGCUCCAUCUGUCAAUUCGCCUAGCUCAACUAGAGCAGGCACAGUUUUCAGAGACGCUGUCGCUGUCCAAGAACUCGAAGAAGGGGCGUUGUCUCCAGCUCAACAACAUGAGAACCAAUCAGUAGUUGCAACUGUUGAGAAGCAACCACUCGCUGUUGACGUUGAGAACGCCCAUGUCAUGGUCGAAAAUAAUAUCCUAGAUCAACCAGCACCAGCAGUGGAGGCACAAACUAGUACGAGUGAGGUGAUUCUAGCACCGAAAAUCAGUGGUGGCAAUUACCCGACUGGAACUGAAGAAACCGUGGAAAAGCAGACACCAGAUGCAGUAGAUGUGCAGAUGAAAAACUCUCCCUCGCAACAUCUUACAACCUUCCUCAACGUUUUUCCUGCCUCAAUUCCUUCAUCUGCUAGUAAGCAAUCAGCAAUCCCGAUCAGUGGUAGUAAGGAAUUGCCAGGCACCGCGACGAGCAGCGAUUUCGAGGUCGUUCCAGCCACGACGGAGGUGGCAGAUGAGUCUGCCACUUCAAAAGUAGAGGAGAAAGAAGUUUCAGAUCGCGAGACCUUUGAAGUUGUACCCAACGAUCAUUCGGACAUGGAUGGAGGUGGGGAGGUGCAAAUGUUCUGA